CACCGAAUCUCACGCGCGAGAAUGGCGGGCAACGGCAUCCCGGUCCUCCUCAUCACCGCGAACGUCGGCAGCAUCUUCGAAGAGCCUAGUGUCAUGCUGAAGAUAUGGACGGAAGAGUUUUUAUCCACCAUAUCGAGGCUGGAUCCGAAAUUUAUAGCGCUGCACUGCCAAGAAGUAGGUGGAAAGAAUUACGAGCAGAGUAUGAGGCAUGUGGAGGACUUUGUUAGAUUACUUAUGUCGUCGGAAGAGUUAAGGUUGUUCGACAAAAUUAGGGUAUUUCUUGACGAGGAUUACUCAUCCGCUGAACAUUUCACAGCUCUAGGAAAUUUCUACUUCGUGCACGAGUCCUUGAACGAUGUUUUAUUAUGGGAUUUUAACGAGUUAUCUUUUACACCUGUUAAUGGAAAAGAGGUCCAUUCGGGCAACAUAGAAGCCGUUAGUACCAAAGAGAAAGCUAAGUUCCCUCAAGAAUUCUUCCCAGAAUGCAAAUGGUCCAGAAAAGGUUUUCUGCGUACCCGAUGGAGUAUUAGUGGCACAGUUUUUGAUCUCAUAAACAUACACUUAUUUCAUGACGCGAGCAAUUUUAUUGCUAUGGAGAUGUUUCCAUCGGUGUACAGUAAAACGCGUAGAAGAGCGCUCGAGCAUACAUUAGAUAGAUUUCACAAUGACAAGUAUCCGAAUGUGCCGUAUUUUUUAUUUGGUGACUUUAAUUUUAGGACAGACACGGCGAGUGUAAUAAAGAAACUGACAGAAGAUACUGAAGAAAAGAAAUCAUCAACGGGAAAUAUUUCGAAAUUGCAAUUUCACAAUAGAAAUGAUGAUCUCAUAUUAACAUUAGGCAAAAAGGAAUUUUCUCACUACGAGCAUCAGAACGUUUUCAUCAAAAACAGCGGCGAAUGGUUACGCGAGUAUGACAAGGAACUGGGAGACUUUGAGGGACGGCUGUUCGAGUUUCCAAUCAACUUCGCGCCAAGUUACCCGUUUCAGGAGGAUAUUAACGAGCCUGUGAAUUAUAUGCAAACGAGAGUGCCAGCCUGGUGCGAUCGGGUUUUAUUGAGUCCCACUGCGAAAACGCUAGUCCAAGAUAUUGACGAUACCAAGGCAGUGGAGUACGGUAUAAUCGGCCCAACUACGUGCAUGGGUGAUCACAAGCCAGUCUACUUGAAGGCUAAUCUCAUCUCGGACGCAGGUAUGAUAGACUGCUGCAACUUGCCAAUUGCACCUGAGUUUUGCUUCCGAGUGCCCAACAAUUAUCUGGAGUUGUUGUCCAUGUUGCCUGAUUGUAAUAGUUACGCUAACGCGCGCGCGGAUUCUAUUGACUAUUCGUCUAAUCUGUUGCACGCAAUACCCGUUAAGCAUGAUCCUUACACGCCAGAUAGUAUGGACAGUCCGAGUCCGAACGCGCUGAUGGCCUCCGGCGAGGUCCCCGAUUUGUACACGGAUCACAUCGACAGCAACAACAUCGGCGGUGACAACACGACGUCGAUACCGCGCUCGAUUCAGACGUCGAUCACGUCGAGGCGACACAUCGACCGAGCUGUGUCGCCGGCCUUACUCAAGUCCAGAUUAGAACUGAUUGUGCAAAAUAAGAAGCACGAGGACGCGGAGCUGGAGGUGGACGUCUCGGACAUCAAGAGGAGUCCCAGCGAGUGCCAUUUGCGUUCCUCCUGGUCCGACGCUGACGAUCAGCAGUGGUGCGUGAGGAAGAACCGAUGCAACAGCGACGUGUCGUGGCAACGAUCCCACGUUUUGACGGAGGCCUGGGUCCAGAGCAAGGGUCAGCCGGGCUACCAUUCCUUUAGUAAUUUCGUGCACCGAUCCUCCUCGAACUCGAGUCCCCCGGACAUCGUCGACGGACUGCCGCACGAUCUGAUUAUACCGCGAAUUGCCAUAAUCAACGCGAGUAACUUCGAGUCGAACGCGAGCUCCGUGUACUUCCACGACGACAGGCUGAGCAAUUACUCGGAAAACAAAUUGAGCACGUAUUCGGACGGCCGCACGAAAACGCUGAGCGGCGAUGCUGUGAGCUCGGAGAAGUCGGACGAGAUUUGCGACAAGACGGACGAGGAAGACGGCAACCGAUUGAUUCUGAGCGCGGAUAGAAUAGUAGGGAAAGAGAAUAACGCGUACUCGAAUGACAACGAGGUGAUAUCGAGUAGAGACUUGUACUUCGACGAGGACGAUAGGAAAUCCAUCGAGGACGAAUGCGAUAUGUGCAAAGAGACGAAGUGUCAAAUGAUUGAAGCGCGAGCUCUCGUGAGGAGUGCGUUUUACGUGAAGAGCGACGUCGUUCCCGAUGAAACGAACGACAAAUUGACCAUGGAACGGAACGUCCCUGAUGAAUCUUGCUUCAAGAACACGCAGCGCACCGAGAUCCUGUUGGAGAAUCAGUCGAGCUCUCUGGCAUUGCGGAAGAGGCGCGAUAAGACCGACGCGAAUCCGGACAGAAAAAACGUGGAAAGCAGCGAUACGCCGUGCGCGAGGGCUGGCACGAGGAUAGAGCCUAUCAGAAAUCAAGAUUGCGACAGCCACGUGAUAAAGAUAUGCCCAGAUAUACACGCGGUAAGUCACGAUGCCGAGAUCAUAAGUUGUGAGAGCAAUCAGAAAAAGUGCACCUCGAAGAACACGACGAGAAGCAAUUCGGCGCACAGUCAGGAUAUCAGUGAUCACGCGGGAAACGCUAGAUUAAAGUUGAAAGCUUACAGAGUCACCGAACGAUAUAAGAGCAACAUUAUGGGAAAGCGGACUAGAUGUAGAAAGUGCUGUUGUGUAGUAUCCUGAGAAUUCGCUUUAGUCUGCACCUUACAAGCGUUUGUGUAUGAUGUUCCUCAUUUAUUUAUCGCACUGUUGCAUCUAUGCCGGAUCGAGAAUGAAGAAAUAUCGAGGAGGCUUCUCCUAUUGGAAAAUAUCGCGCGAAUGAUGUGACCUGUGUCGAAGCGAGACUUGUCCGUUCUCGAUUUGUCUUAGAUGCAACAGUCGCCGUCACUGCGAUGGCUAUCUUUUUUUUUCUACUUACAUAGAGUAUUCCUUUCAUAAAACUUACUUCCUCGUCUUCGUGCUAUCUUCUCUCGAUGUGCUAAGUAGUGAUCGAGAUAGUGUUUACAGUCACACAUCAUUGCUUAAUGUACGACUAUAAUUUAUUUUCACAUGGUGUGUGAAUAUACAUAUAUAUUAUUUUUCCUGUUGACAAUGUGCCUAACUAAUCGUGAAUGCAAUACGUUCCUUGAUGUGCAAUUUGUAAGCCGUACGAACGAUUACUGAAGAAACUGCGAGGAGACGUUUUAUGUUAUUUAUUGGCGCUGACGUUUUAAAGUGACCUAAGCGUGACGUAGUAGAAGAGGGGAUACGAUUUUAGUUAUUAACGGUGUUUCUCGCUCGCGCCUCGCGCUCGGUCGUGAAAUAUGAAUUUCGUACGCGACCCUCGUGCAUGCCGCGUGAAAACACACAUCUCGAUGUGAAACGACGUUCUGCAUGUGCAUGCCACUCGAAUUGUCGAUGUUUUACCCAUAUUUUUUAGAAGAUACCCGAGUGAUAUAUAAAACUGUUUCCUUCAUUUAUAGUCGUAUAUAAUUUAUAACCAGUAUAACAACGUUACGUAAUAUUACAUUAUUUAGAGCGUGUGGAUAUGAAAGUAGUGAUAUAGUUAACGCCGCUGUACAGUGUCAAGCAAAAUACGUACAGACUGAUGAAAUCGUUACCAGUAUACGAGGCACUUGUGCGAGCAAUGCUACGUUAUCCUAUUAGGCUAUUUUUAAACAUAAAAGUCCCCAGAUCCUUGAUACGCGCGGGUACUUGUUUUCAAGGAAAUUAUUACCUCGCAGUGUUCUUGUCCUUGAUAAUUAUAUCCUACGUUGCAUACUACAUAUAUUUAUAUAUAUACAUACAUGAAAUUUUAUCCUAGAUUUAUAGAUAACAUGUAUAUAUAUAUAUAUAUAUCGCAGAUUUUAUUUAUUGUGUAACCAUAUAUCUCUCCUCUCGUAAUUGAAUAGUAUUGCCGUUGUACCGUCUGUGCCGUUCUAAUAUUUCGCGUAUCAUUUUCAUUCGAUAUAACAAGAAAGGAUUCGCAGCGAUAUCGCGCAAAACUCGCAUGUCCCCCCUUUUUUUUUGUAACGCGCGAACGUACUACCGUCAUACGUAUGCCCUUGCCAAGAAGAGAUCUAUUCGCUGAAUUUUCUUCACGAGCGCGUAGACUAAGUGGACUCUACUGCCAAAGCUAAAUUUAUUGUUAGCUCAUUAAGUGAGAAGAUAUUAAUUUAUGUGACGGAGAUGUCGGUCGCGUGAGAGAGGAGUGACGGUGAGACGAGGGUUGCUCCGUUCGUUGUUAUUGUUACAUUAUCGCGCAGUCCGGAGGGGAGGGGGGGGGGGAAGUUUCAGGAGAGCGUUAGUUACGAGCAUCUGGUGUUAUAUACCAGCGCUGUACAGGACUUUGUAUAUAGUACAUACUUUUGGGCUUGAAAUUGAAAUGUGUCGGUGUUCAUGCCUAUUGUCGUUCCUACUUCACGCUUCAUACCUAUUUUCUCACUCGGUCUCAGGGAGAUUAGUCUGAGCUCAUCGUUAAAAGUUUUUGACGUAUAUCACUAUUUAAAAGUAUAUUAUUACUAAUAUCAAAUACUAUUAUUCUUAAUAUAUAAUUAUAGUAUUUUAUAGUACGAUCUGCAAUAGUUUUCCGCAUCAUCCGUGCAGAGAUUGCAGAUAAGUUUUUUAAAAGCGAUAUUACACACGUCAAAAGACUUUUAACGGACGACAACUGGGACAGCACUGUUAUGUACAAAUGAACGUUCAUAACGAAGUUUUAAUUAACCGGAUGAGAAGACGCGCGAACCGGAACGGACUUAAAAGGGGAUUCCUCAAAAGGGGAUUUCCCGACUUGGGGGACAGACGGAAGUUCGAGCUUACUUGUGAUGUUAGCGUGCAUUACUCCACGUACCUCCAGUUCGUAAUUGUCGAUGUCUCGUGAUUCUUCGACGAUGAGCAUGGAUGAGUGCACAUCGUCAAGCGUGCACAUCGCGAACAAAACAGCGAAAUCUUUUCCGGGUGGGGGUGAUGCGUGGCAAGCAGUUCGGCGAUAGAUCGGCAACUUUGGUAUUUGAUUAUAGUCGCGCGAUAUUUGAUUAUCUGUCUCGCUGGAAUUUCCCGCCACGUGGCGACGGGACGUGGAGUAAUGCCGUGACAAUUGUGACUUAACGUUAUACCUCUCCCCGCUCGCCGAAAUGAUCCCGAGAGACGGAUCUCUGCCCGGGGAAUCCGUGCGAAUAUACCUACGACAAUUGUCCGAGCAUCCGCUAUCAGUCGUUUCCAAUUUGCCAUACUAGUUUUAAAACGAGAAAUCUUGCGAGCGACGGAAUCGCGCUCAGAUUUCCGACGUGUUGUACUGCAUUUUUGUUUUAUUUUCUACCGUAAGAAAGGAUGUAUCGCGAAUUCCUCUCGUUCGAGUGUAAAUAUAGUUCGUCGACGAGACAAACCUAUAUGCAAUAUAUCUGCCCCAUUUUAUAAAUAUAAAUUUAUUUUUCAUACACGUGAA